AUGACCAUCUCUGACAAGAGAGAAUUGGAAGCAGCCUCCCUGCAGGACUGCAGCAAGUGCCUGACCCAGGACGUGAUGGGGGAGAACCGGCGGCUGCAGGACCUGACCACCCAGCUCCAGGGGAAACACCACCAGAUGUCCAUGGAGUACAACGAGCUGCAGGAUAAGGUGCAGUCUGCAGAGACCAAGGUCUCUGAGAUGGAGACGACCAUCGAGGACCUGCAGUGGGACAUCGAGAAACUCCGGAAGCGCGAGCAGAAGCUGAACAGGCACCUGGCUGAGGCGUUGGAGCAGUUAAACUCUGGCUAUCAUGUGUCAGGUGGGCCGGCAGGAUUCCAAGGCGGACAGAUCACGCUGCACAUCCACAAGUUUGAGAUGCUGAGCACUGAGCUGGAGGAGAACAGGGAGCUGGCCAACAGCCGAAUGGCCGAGCUGGAGAAGGUGGAGCAGGAGCUGCAGGAGGCCGUGAGACAGAACGAGAAGCUGAAGGUAGACAUGCGGAACAUUCCGGAAGACGUGGUCAAGGAGACGCCGGAGUACAAGUGCCUGCAGUCCCAGUUCUCGCUGCUGUACAACGAGAGCCUGCAGGUGAAGACGCAGCUGGACGAAGCCAGGGCCUUGCUCCUGACCACCAAGAACGCCCACCUUCGGCAGAUAGAGCACAUGGAGAGCGACGAGCUGAACCUCCAGAAGAAACUGCGCACUGAGGUGAUCCAGCUAGAGGACACGCUGGCACAGGUCCGCAAGGAAUACGAGAUGCUGCGCAUCGAGUUCGAGCAGAACCUCGCCGCCAACGAGCAAGCAGGUCCCAUCAACCGGGAGAUGCGUCACCUCAUCAACAGCCUGCAGAACCACAACCACCAGCUGAAAGGGGACGUGCAGCGAUACAAGCGGAAACUGCGGGAGGCGCAGACCGAGAUUAACAAGGCCCGGAUGCAGUGUUACCCCAGUCAGGCCCCUGCCGGCACCUCGGGUUCACCGGCCGCCUCCAGCAGCCACCCUGGCCCCACCACCGGCCCCAGCGCCAGCACCGCCACCUCCGCCACAGCCCCCGGCUCAGCCGAGGAGAUCAAGGAAGAGGACCCGGGGAGCGAGGUGAAGAAGGAGCCCAAGGAGAGUGUCUCUGCCCAACCGGCCACCGUCACCGUCACCAUCAAGAAGGAGAAAGAGGAGAAGGAGCCGGCAGACAGCAAGGAGGAGGAGGCUCCGGCCCUGCUCCGGAGAGACUCCGACAAACCCAAAGCCAAGGAGCGAGAGCGGGACAGGGAGCCCGAACGGGAAAGGGAGCGAGACCGCGACCGAGACAGGGAGAGGGAGCGGGACCGAGACCGGGAACGGGAAAGGGAGCGAGACCGCGAUCGGGACAGGGACCGCGAUCGGGACAAGGAACGGGACAAGGACAAGGACAAGGACAAGGACAAGGAGAAGGAGAGGUCCAAGGCAGACGACAGCAAGAAAAAGGACUCCGACGUUCUCAAGCAGCUCAAAGUGGAGCUGAAGAAGGCCCAGGAGAGUCAGAAGGAGAUGAAGUUGCUGUUGGAUAUGUAUAAGUCAGCCCCCAAGGAGCAGCGGGACAAGGUGCAGCUGAUGGCCGCUGAGAAAAAGGCCAAGGCCGAGGUGGAGGAGGUCAAGCUGAAGAUCAAAGAGAUGGAGGACAAGGAGAAGCGAGAGAGUAAGAAGCUGGCGGAUGAAGACGCCGUGAAGAAGAUCAAAUUCGCCGAGGAACAGAUCGAGCACCUACAGAAAAAACUGGCAGCUACCAAACAGGAGGAAGAGGCCCUCCUGUCAGAGAUGGAUGUGACUGGCCAGGCCUUUGAGGACAUGCAGGAACAGAACAUCCGCCUGAUGCAGCAGCUCCGGGAGAAGGACGAUGCAAACUUCAAGCUGAUGUCGGAGCGGAUCAAAUCCAACCAGAUCCACAAGCUGCUGCGGGAAGAGAAGGACGAGCUAGCUGACCAGGUCCUCACCCUCAAAACCCAGGUGGACGCCCAGCUGCUGGUGGUGCAGAAACUAGAGGAGAAGGAACGUGUCCUGCAGAGCAGCCUGGCCAUCGUGGAGAAGGAACUGACCCUGAGGAGCCAGGCUCUGGAACUCAACAAGAGAAAGGCUGUAGAAGCUGCCCAGCUUGCUGAGGACCUGAAAGUGCAACUUGAACACACCCAGGCCAAACUCAAGGAGAUCCAGUCUGCCAUGUCGGACAACUGUUUCGCCAAAGAGAAGGAAUCCUUCAACCUGAAACGUGCACAGGAGGACCUUUCCAGACUGAGACGGAAGUUGGAGAAGCAAAAGAAGGUUGAAGUGUUCUCUGACGCUGACGAGAUUCUGAUGGAGGAGAUUAAGGAGUACAAGGCCAAGCUGACCUGCCCGUGCUGUAAUACCCGAAAGAAGGACGCGGUGCUGACCAAGUGCUUCCACGUUUUCUGUUUUGACUGCGUGAAGACCCGUUACGACACGCGCCAACGCAAGUGCCCCAAGUGUAACGCUGCCUUUGGAGCCAAUGACUUCCACCGUAUCUACAUCAGCUGAAAGGGCACAGGGGGUGACGGGAGCUGGGGGACUCUGCUGACGGGUUUUGGGGGGGGGAAGGGGGGGUGGUAUGGGGGAGAUGGCAUGCUGUCCCCCCUCGCGGGCACACUCUCUCCCCUCGCACGCAGACACACUCUCUCCCCUCGCACACAGACACACCUCUCCCCCUCGCACACAGACACACCCUCCCCCUCGCACACAGACACACUCUCCCCCUCGCACACAGACACACUCUCUCCCCUCGCGCACAGAGACACUCUUCCCCCUCACACACACACACACUCUCCCCCCUCACGCGCACACACAUUCUCCCCCUCACACACAGACACACACUCUCCCCCUCGCACACAGACACACUCUCUCCCCCUCGCGCACACAAACUCUUUCCCCUCGCGCACACUCUCUCCCCCCUCGCGCACGGACACUCUCUCCCCCCUCGUGCACGGACACUCUCUUCCCCCCUCGCGCACGGACACUCUCUCCCCCUCGCACACAGACACACUCUCCCCCUCGCACACAGACACACUCUCCCCCCUCUCGUGCGCACACAUUCUCCCCCUCACACACACACUCUCCCCCUUGCGCACAGACACACUCUCCCCCUCGCACACAGACACACUCUCCCCCCUCUCGUGCGCACACAUUCUCCCCCUCACACACACACUCUCCCCCCUCGCGCACAGACACACUCUCUCCCCCCUCGCGCACAGACACACUCUUUCCCCUCGCACACACUCUCCCCCUCACACACAGACACACUCUCCCCCUCACACACAGACACACACUCUCCCCCCUCGCGCACAGACACACUCUCUCCCCCCUCGCGCACAGACACACUCUUUCCCCUCGCACACACUCUCCCCCUCACACACAGACACACUCUCCCCCCUCGCGCACAGACACACACUCUCCCCCCUCGCGCACAGACACACUCUCUCCCCCCUCGCGCACAGACACUCUUUCCCCUCGCACACACACUCCCCCUCACACACAGACACACUCUCCCCCUCACACACAGACACACUCUCCCCCAUCUCGCGCACACACAUUCUCCCCCUCACACACACACUCUCCCCCCUCGCGCACAGACACACUCUCUCCCCCUCGGGCACACACGCUCCCCCACACUCACACAAACUCCCCCUCACACGCACACAAGUGCUCUCCCCUCCCCCUCACACACACGCUCUCCCCCUCCUCCUCACACACACGCUCUCCCCCUCCUCCUCACACGCACACACACGCGCUCUGCCCCUCACUCUCACACACCCUCACACACAAACAUUCUCUCCCCCCUCACGCACACUUUCUCAUUCUCCUUUUCCUCUCCCUUAGUCCCUCACUCUCCUCUCCUCCUCUUCCUUCUCCUCUCUAUCACUCUGCACACACUCCUCCCUUUAAUCACUCCCUCAUUCCGUGUCUUUUGCUUCCUCUCCAUCACCCCCUCUCUCUUCUCCUUGUCUUUGUCACCUCUCUCCUCUCCCCUCUGUUGCCCCCCCUCCACCAUGCCCUUGUCUCUGUCUCCUCUCACACUCUCUCCUCUUAUCCAAUACCCUCAGCACCACACUGACUCACUCUGUCUCUCUCUCUCUCACAAAUGCGCACACACCACACCCCCUCUUGCAUUCCACAGUCUCUUCACCGCUCACCUCGUCCCGCCAUUCCAAACACUCUUCUCACCUCCCCCCACCUCUCUCUUCCCCCCCUCUCUUUCUUCCCCCCUCUCUCUCUCUCUCUCUCUCUCUCUCCCUCCCUCUCUUUCUCUCCACCCCUCUCUCCUUCCCUCUCCUCUCUCUCUGCCCCCCUCCCUCCCCCCCGCGCCCUCUCUCCCCCCCCAGUCUCUCUCUCUCCCCUCUCUCUCUUUCCCCCUUCCUCCCUCUCUCUCUCUCUAUCCCCCUCCCUCCCUCUUUCUCCCCCCACCCUUGAAACACCAGCGGCUUGCUGCUAGAUCAUCUGGGAUUUUAUUUCUGUGACAAACUACGCUAGGCUGGAGCCUCAGUGGGAGGGGGGGGGUGGGUGUGGCCAUGCGAUGUGGGAGAUAGCGGCACAUCCGCGAUCCUUUUUGGGAGGGGUAGUGGAGGUGGCCAGUGGCUGUCCGUUGUGGGGAGGGAAAGGAUGGGGGCCAUGUUGUCUGUUGGCAUGUCGGGAGGGAGAGUGGUGUGGUGGCUAUGUCAUCUGUUGGGCGAUGGCAGCGGCAGCCAUGUUGCGUGUCAGUGGGCCGGGGAACAGUAGUGGCCAUGUUGCGUGUGGAGGGGGAGCAGUGGUGGCCAUGUUGCGUGUGGAGGGGGAGCAGUGGCGGCCAUGUUGCGUGUGGAAGAAGGGCAGUGGCGGCCAUGUUGCUUGUGGAGGGAGGGCAGUGGCGGCCAUGUUGCGUGCGGAGGAAGGGCAGUGGCGGCCAUGUUGCUUGUGGAGGAAGGGCAGUGGCAGCCAUGUUGCUUGUGGAGGGAGGGCAGUUGCAGCCAUGUUGCGUGUGGAGGAGGCCAUGGCCAAUUUAGGUCAUGUUUGUUCCUGCUGUCUCCUCACUGCGCCCCCCCACAUCGAGAAGAGAUGGUGUUGCAGUUUGGGACGAAGACCUGAUGAAUUUGGGUGGGGAGGGAGGGUUCGGGAAUGACAAUGGGAACCGUUUUAGUGUUUAAUUUAUUGUUCUGUUUCAUGUUUUGUUCUGAUCGGGUCGAGGGUGCGAAGGCGAGCGCUCUGCGUCAGUCUCUGCUGUUUCUACGUUCCUGUGUUGACUGCCUGAAUAAAUGGGACAGCUGCCA